GAAGUGAGAACAUUUUUCCUUGCCCGAUCAUUCAAAAUAUAUGUGGCAGUCAAUGAAUGGCCGUCUUGGGAUAUACCUGCAGUAUAUUAGAACAAUUCCAAGAUGAAGCAGAGUUUUAACCUACUUGUCUUUAUUUGCUUGGCGCUUUUGUCUUCUACAUCAGCACACAGCGCCUACGACAACUGCACCUCUGCCAGCGACUGCCCGGCGACAACUACCUGCCGGUGUAACGGCGACUACGGCUACCAGUGCUUGUGUGACCCGGGUUACGUGGUCUCCAAGUCGGGACAUGAAUGCAUCAUCGCCUCGAGGCUGGGGGAGGCGUGCAACGCCAGCACCAAGUGCGUGAACACCCUCACCUACUGCAACCCAGACACCAACGUCUGUGAGUGUCAGGUGUACCACCGACUCUCAGCCAAUGAGGACGCCUGUGUCUUCCAGGGCACGCUAGCCAAUGGGGAAAAGUGUAACACAAGCGCUGUGUGCUUCGACGUCUUGGGGGUGUGCAACAGCAGCAACCUUUGUGGAUGUCGCCACGGCUUCAGACUCAAGGAUGAGGCCGAGUUUUGGGCUGAGCCUGACAGUAUCGUCGGCUGUACUGUGGAGACGUUUGUGCUCGAAAACCCGACACUUUGCCCGGUAACAACAACUCAGUCCACAACUACAACUUCUACGACACCUGCUACGACCACAAGUACGUCUGACACGACCAGCUCAAGUACGGACACGACUGCAAAUGCAGCUACUACAGCUGCAACUGAAACCACGGAUACUACAGCCACUACGUCUGCUACAGAUACCACUGGAGCAACGGCUACAACCGCUGAGACAGCAACCACAGCAGUGGUCAAGGUGUUCGAUGCAUGUGCCGAGGAUGCUGAUUGUCCCGCCGACUCUUCCUGCAGAGUCAGAGGAUGUGCAGGAUCUGUUUGUAUGUGCAACACGGGCUUCGUGGCGACCAGAGAUAACACAGCUUGCUUUAAAGGCAAGCUCAUCAACAACGCAUGUGCCGACGUGUCCGAGUGCGUCCCCUUUCUGUCAUACUGUGACGGAACCUGUAAAUGUUCAAGCUUCGUCCGAGAAACCAACCGGAACACUUGCGCAAUUAGGGGGUUCUGGGUAAUCGGGGAGCCUUGUGGUGCUACCAGUGACUGCCUCGACACCAACGCCCUCUGCGCGAGGGAUGGGACGUGCCUGUGCAAGAGUGGGUACAGAAACAAGACGGAGGAGGAAUUCUGGGACAACCCGUAUGACAGGACUGAAUGCGUCAAGGGGAACUUCUCACUCACAGAAUGCGUGACAUCUACAACGACACAAACACCAACAACAACGAUAGCAAGGGAUAAAAAGUUAGGUCAGGUCUGCGAGGUGAGUGAGCAGUGUCCCCUCAACUCGGCUUGUCAGAAGGUGGGGUGUGGCCAGCCGGUAUGCAGGUGUCAGAGACUAUUCAGAUCCAGCUCGGACAAGACGGCGUGUGUCGCAGCAUCCAAAAUUGGUGAAGCCUGCACAAAGUCCUCAGAGUGCACUGACCCCAAGUCCUGGUGUGCUGGGGGCGUGUGUACCUGCUUCCCCUGGACCAGCAAGUCCAGUACGGGGUGCGUGUUCUGGUUCCAGAGGGUCGUGGGUCAAUACUGUGGGGUGAAGAACCCCCUGCGCUGACCCCAACGCUGUGUGUAGCCGCUCAGCUGGGUGUGUCUGCCGGACUGGCUACAUCCUGAAGACGGACGUGAAGUUUUGGCUUGACCCCACGGACACCAAUGAAUGUGGCGUUGAUGUGUCAAAAGACUGCCCGACGACGCCAGCUGGGAGCAACGUUGGAGUGGCGGUGGUGGCCAAGCCAAAGUUCAUCCUACCUCAACGCUUUGUGAUGGACCCCUUCAUCUCUGACACGUCGCCAUCAACGUUCCCGUCUGUGACCUUGACCUUCCUCGUAGCCGCCACCCUGCUGACAUGUUUGGGUUAAUUUGUAUUGAAUGAAUAAUGCAAUCAAACAUCCAAUCAAUUGUGAUUCUGUAAAUUGUUAAGCUGCUCUGUAUCACAUGAUAUGCACGCUGUUUUGGCGAGGUAAUAAAUUGCUGAUACUCUCAAAA